CGGGGGCGGGCGGGCGGCCGGGCCGGGCCGGGGCCGGAGCGCCGGGCGGGCGCCAUGGAGGGGCUGCGGCGGGGCCUGUCGCGCUGGAAGCGCUACCACAUCAAGGUGCACCUGGCGGACGAGGCGCUGCUGCUGCCGCUCACCGUGCGGUCGCGGGACACGCUCAGCGACCUGCGCGCGCAGCUCGUGGGCCAGGGCGUGUGCUCCUGGAAGCGCACCUUCUACUACAACGCGCGGCGGCUGGACGACCACCAGACGGUGCGCGACGUGCGCCUGCAGGACGGCUCCGUGCUGCUGCUUGUCAGCGACCCCAGGCUGUAAACUCCAUGAACACUCUAUUGUCCCUCCUGCUCUCUGCUGUGUUCCCAGUUCAGUGCCCGGCACAUAGUAGUUGGCGGAGGUGGAGGCAUGACCAAGGGGACUGGAGGUGACGGCUGAGGGAGCAGGCUGGGGCAGGAGCCCCGACUUCACUCUGGUUCCGGGCUCCUGGGGGCGUGCGGUGACGUCCGGCCUGACCAGCUGAUGCCUGCUACCCCAGACACACCUGAUCACACCCAGGGGGAGGCCCAGUCCCUGACGCCCAACUGGGAUGUUGCUACUCCAGCCCAGGCAGCAGGGAGGAGCCUGUGUGACCCUGAGGCCAUGGCUCCCCCCUGGGGGCCUCCAGUGGGACCCCCGGUGCCAUCUUGGAAAGCUCCCAUAUGCAGCCAGAGGGUAUGAUCCGAAGAGACGCACAGAGGGGAGAGGCGAGGCGCGCGAGGACGUCAUCCCUUCACCUUGGACGUUCUCUGCGCCACACCUUUGCCCAAGCUGUGCCCCCUGCCUGAAGCACCUUUCAUGCUCCUCUCGGCCACUCCAGCUCACCUGAGAUUGCAGCCUCCUCCGGGACGUCUUCUCGGAUUCCCUUCUCACCAGUCAGUGAGCACUUUGUCCUCCUUGGGGCCCACCCCAAGCCCCCUGUACUGCGAACAGCCUUUGCGUGGGGGCCCGAGGGUGCAGCCAGUUACUGGCGAAAUCGCAAAUGGCUACAGGUGGAGACUGGGGGGACCCCAGCCCUCUCACCCCCUCAAUGGUGCCCACUCCCUCGGCGGUGUCCUCCUUCCCCUGAAUCCCACUGCCUUGUCCCUUACACGGGGUCUCCCCGUUGGGUGUGAAGGGGUCUGGUUGAAUGGGUGGGGUUGGGGGGUGCUGGACCGCAUAGAGCCAUGAGGCACAGGCGGUGAUCACGGGGGCAUUCCAGGCGACGUGGUGUGCGAACUCUGGGGACAGGACCCUCUGGGUAGAAGGCUGGGCCCCAGCUGGACAGGAAGGGAGGGGGCUCUUGGGGACCACCCAGAUCACUCCUCGGCCCCCACUGCGUGCCCCAGUCGGCGCCCCAUCCUCGGCCGGCCUCGACUUACUGGAGACGGACCACCGCGUGGUGGUGGCUGGGAUUAUGGCCCGUUUUACAGAUGGGGUGUCCGAGGUCAUCCUUCUCGGGGCGGCUGCCCCAGCAGCCCCUGAACGGAGGGGUCCCAGCCCAGGCGGAGGUCCCUGAUGGAGGAAGGGGAGGGUUUCCUGCUUCUUGGCUGAAGGUGGGGGCGGCGGCGGGGGUGGGGGGGAGCGUUUCAGGCUGGUUUGACAUUUAACAAACACUAUGCAAAUCACAUGCAAAUCACCACCCAUUUCUUAAGCCUGGACAGCUCAGGCGUGUUCUGAGAUACUAAGGCUGGACCUGGCCGUGGCCGGUCGCCUGGGGGAGGGGUUCAAAGCCUCUCCCUUCCCCCUUCCUCCCUUCCUCCCCUCCCGUCUCCCGUCUCUCCCCCUCCUUCCCUUUCUUCCUGUUACCACUUUUCUUCCUUCGUCACUUGGUUUGUUGGAUGCCUCCCAGUCCUGAGGCGAACGCAAAGAGCGACAAAAGCAGCUCCCCGCGUUCCCGUUUUCCAGAUGGGGAAACGGAGCUGCAGGGAGGCACAAGCCUGGCCUGAGGUCCCAGAGCCACAUGCAGAAAGCGGUGCCCCCCACCGCAUGUCGUCAUGGACUGAAAUGGACAGAGCCUGUGCCCCAGGAAGGAGAGGGGACAGUGGCUGGAGCCGGCAGGACUCUGAGGAGGCUCCAGGCCUGGCAAGGCUGGCAGAGCUCCGUGAAAUCAUCCUACGGUGUGGUUUGCCCUUGAGUGGCCACCGCGACCUUGGAUCUGGAGAAACCUGACACCGCCUGAUUCUACCCCUCGGGUCCUCCUUUCUCCUGCUACUCCAUCAGCAUGGCCUUUGAAUUCCGCCCCCCUCCAGCUGGCAUGCCCUGCCUUCUCUGUUUGGCAAACUCCUAGUCGUCCUGCAAAGCCCAGCUACAACGCCCCCUUGUUCGUGCGGUCAUUUCUAAUCCUCCACGAAGAGUCUCCGUUUCCCUCUGGGCUUCUGUUACCCUAGGUCUCUCUCUGGUCCAGCCCUGACCCCUUGAGGCCUGUAGGGUCACUGCCCACUCGGGCGCAGUUCUGGCACCUGCCUGGGAAUGACACGACUCCAGACCUUUGCAUGUGCACACUCUGUGCCCAGAAUGCCCUUUCUGGUCUGUUCCACCUGGCACGCUCCUACACUCUCAAGGUCCUCGCACGAAUGCCCCACUGCUGUGCACGCUCUGCUGUGCUCCCAGUCGGCCUCCGGGUCCUGCAGCCUCCAAUCCCACUGGGAUGGGCUUCGUGCGUGGAACUAGGGGGUGUCUCCCUCCUCCCAGCCUGACAGAUCCUGCCUGGGGCCCCGGGAUCACAUCAGCAGGUUGGGACCGGGCAGAGAAGGGCCCUCUUCGCGUGUGUAUGAAUAAAAGAUCACGUGAAAACAA